CUAAAUCUUAUCAAUGUGAUUGACAUUGUGCUAAUAUGCUUAACUCUUCGAUCUACUUCAAUAAUAUUGCUACAGUGUCUCUACUUUGAUAUUACGGAACUCCAUCAUGAAUUUCAAAGUGAAGGGUGUCUGCUAAAUACAUGCUUGAUGUUCAUUUCUACUUUUUUUUUGUUUAAAUGUAGAGAGAAUAAAUUAGGUUCAUGUUUGAAAGAGAUGGUUCUGCAAAAGGAGUAGUUUUCAGCCAGUUCACAUCGUUUUUGGAUCUGAUACAAUAUUCUCUUCAGAAUUCGGGCCUCAAAUGUGUUCAAUUAGUUGGAAACAUGUCUGUUUCUGCAAGAGACACAACAGUUACCAGAUUUACUGAGGAUCCAGAUUGCAGGAUAUUGCUUGCGAGCUUUAAACCUGGAGGCGUUGCCCUCAAUCUUACAGUUGCAUCACAUGUUUUCUUGAUGUAAACCUGCUCGAAUCCUGCUGAAGAGUAGCAAGCCCAAGAUAGAGUCCAUCGAAUAGGGCAACAUAAACCAGUCAGGUGUGUUUUGCAUUUCUUGUAUUUUUCUCCCCUUGAAUGGCUCUUAUUUUUGUCUUCUCAUUACUGGGAUUGUAAGAUUUAUUAUCGAGCAUACAAUGGAAGAGAAGAUCUUAGAGUCACAAGAGAAGAAGAAACAUCUUUAAAGGCAAGUGUCUUUUCCUUAUAGUCGUUUGGAUAGUUGCAUAUGUGUUGUGAUAAAAAUAUAUAUGUUUCCUUCAGUUGCAGAGGUCUCCAGAAGGUGUAGGAGUCAAGCAAUGUUCUAUUAGAUAGUAGAACUGAUAGUUAAGACAAGUUGAGAGCUUAGAAAACCUUUUUGUUACAUUCCUUCUUUGUUCCGACAAAACCUUUCUGUUACAUUCCUUCUUUAUUCCUACCCUCCCUUCCUUCGCUCUUUCUCUAGAAAAUAUUUGCCCAUAAGUGUUUGUUUUUCCUCUACAUACUGAACUUCCAACUUUUCGGUUGCAGGACAGUCAGUGGUUCUUGAGAUGGGUUAGGAAAGCUAACAAAGGAGGACUUGUCAUCCUAGUUUUAUCGUCACUUCUGAUAUGUUCUAUUUCUUCUGUUUGACAAGCUAAUUGACAUAUGCUUUGUUUAGCUUCUAGCAAAAUUUUUGUACAAAGUGUUCUGACAUUUUCCUUUAGGGUGUACGGCUUUUGAUUUGUCCAUAGUGAGUUUCUGUUGCUUCUGCAUCAUAGUUGAUAAGAAUCGCCUUCAACAGUCAAUUGUAACUAGUUCUAAUUGUUUCCAAAGGUGUCCUUCCAUUUUAACUUCACUCACAUGAGAAAAAAUGCAUUUGAAUUCAUAUGUGAAUUUCAUCAUUAAGAGAAUAAAUUUAGAUUGCAGAAUGGGAUGGUGUUAAAGAUAAUUAUCUGGUAGCCUGAAUCACCAAUCAACAAAUGUAUAGGGGGGGGGGGGGGGGUGUUAUGUUACAACAUAAGUGGAUUUUCUUGACCUUGUUUUGUUUCUCUUCUUUUUAUUUUUCUUUUUAUUUUUAUUUUUAUUUUUUAAAACUUUUUUUUUAUUACAUAGGGAUAGGGAAGGGGAAGGGGAUUACAACGUGGGGAUUCGAACCCUCACCAACAAGGUGAAAGUUCAGGUAGUCAACCAGCUGAGCUACUAGAUCCCUACUGUUUUGUUUCUCUUCUGCUUUACUGUCAAUGUAUUUUUUAAUUUUUUUUUUGUUUUUCUUAGCAAACACAUCCUUACAUCACCGGCCACUGUCAAUGUAUGAAUUGUAUAUUGUAUCAUUGAAAGCCAUUUGGUAGUUCAAAUAACAAGCAAAAGAGUGUCUAUGCUCUAUAGCAAAUUAAAAAGCACCAAAUUUGAUCUUGGUUUUAUUUCAAUAAGAUCAUCAAUAUACAAAAUAAAUUGGAACAAGUGCAAAAGAACAUGACACAUGUUAGCAAAUCAUUCACACCAAGGUAA